AUGAGUUUGCGGCGGUACGCGUCCGUGUUCUCCGAGGGUAUUUCGGAGGCCGAGGCCGAGAAGGAGGAUGUCGAAGAGCUCGUCGGCGUACAGGUCACCGAGGAGGGCGAGGAGAUCGUCUACCCCGACGGCGGGAUGCAGGCAUGGCUCGUGCUCGCAGGCGGCUUCUGCGCCGCGAUCUGCGCGUUCGGACUCGCGGGCAGCGUCGGCGCCUUCCAGUCUUACUACGCGCAAAACUUGUUACAGGGAUACUCGGCGUCCACGAUCGCGUGGAUCGGCUCGACGCAAGCCGCCGUCUGCUUCUCCAUGUGCCUGUUCACGGGCCCCCUCUUCGACCGGUACGGCUGCCGCCCGCUCCUCGCGGGCGGGACGGUGCUCCUCGUCCUCGCUUUCGUACUCCUCUCCUUCUGCAGGGAAUACUACCAAAUCUUCCUCGUGCACGCAACCCUCAUGGCGAUGGGGAUGGACCUGAUGUUCAUCGUGCCGAUGGGCGCCGUCGGACAGUGGUUCUUCCUCCGCCGCGGCCUCGCCUUCGGCAUCCUCAUGAUGGGGAGCAGCGCGGGCGCGAUCGUCUGGCCCCUCCUCGUCGCCAACCUCCCGCCGCGCAUCGGCUUCGCAUGGACCUGCCGCCUCAUCGCCCUCCUCAUGGCGCUGCUCGGCACGGCCUCCGCCCUCCUCGUAAAGACCCGCUUGCCCCCCCGCCCCCCCGGCCCCUUCUUCCUCUUCGCCGAGUUCCGCAACCCGGCCUACGCCGCCGUCGCGCUCUCCUUCCCCUUCCUCGUCUUCGGCUUCUUCUCCUUCCUCACCUUCAUCGGGACGUACGGCGCGCUCGCCGGCCUGGGCCCCCUCGCGCCCUACCUCUUAAUGAUUACGAACGGCGCAUCCGCCUUCGGCCGCCUCGCAGCCGGCAUCGCCGCCGACAUGCUCGGCACAUUCAACGUCGCGCUCGUCGGCAUCGGCGCCAUGGCCGUCCUCUCCUUCGCCUGGCUGGCAAUGGACACACCCGCGCCCCUCAUCGCCCUCUGCUGCCUGUACGGCUUUGCGAGCGGCGCGCCCGUCUCGCUCCAGGGCCCGAUGGUGACCGCGUCCGCGAGCGACCCGCGCCACGCGGGCACGCUCAUCGGGCAAGCGUUGAUGGUCCAGUCGAUCGCGCAGCUUACCGGCCCCCCGAUCUUCGGGGCCAUCGUCGGCGCCGGGAGCCCGGGCGAGCAGCUCGCGCGCUUCCCGCACGCAAUUGUGUUCGGGUCGUGUAUGCUUCUUGUGGCGUGGUGUCUUGUUGCGGCCGCUAGGUUGUAUCGCACGCGCGAGUUGUUCGCGAUCAUCUAG